AUGUACUCCGUCGGCCGUAGUGAUGUAGAACGCUACCAUCUUCCAUUAUUGCUGUUACAUACUCCUGGUGCCUGUAAUUUUGAUGAUCUCAAAACAGCAGACGGUCAAGUCUGUCAAACAUUUAUGGAAGCUGCUAAAAGACGAGGCCUACUGCGUGAUGAUACUGAAUAUGAAAGAUGCAAGCCUGAAGCCGUUAUCUUCCAGAUGCCACAACAGCUAAGAACACGUUUCUAUGUGAUACUUUUAUACUGUAAUCCAACAAAACAUGUAGACCUCUGGAAUUCGUUUAAAGCACAUAUGGUCGAGGACUUCAUGCAACAUGUCGAUGCUGAAACAGCAGAAGCAAUGGCACUCUAUGCAAUCGAUGCAAAGCUGAAAGAACAAGGUCGAAGUUGCAGUGAUUUUGGUAUAUCCUCCCCAACAUCUGUUUCUUAUUCAUUUGAAUCAAAAAUUAUCAACAAAGAAGAAGAACUUCAAAUAGGACAAGAAAAGUAUGCAAUGUUGAAUCAAGAUCAACGUUCAGCAGCAGAUGCAAUUCUUGCAAGUCAUCGUAAACAAUCAACCACCACUGCUGGCUCAUGUUUCUUUAUCGAUGGUCCUGGAGGUACAGGGAAAACCUAUCUCUAUAACACCCUGUACUAUUUAUUCAUGGGACAAGGAGUCCAUGUUAUGACAGUUGCAUGGACAGGAAUUGCUGCAAGUUUAUUGCCUGAAGGGAGAACUAUACAUAGUCGUUUCAAGCUUCCUGUACCUAUCUUAGAAACAUCUGCAUCAAGUAUUCGAACAAACAGCAAGGAAGCUGAAGAGAUUAGAAAGACUCAAGUUUUUAUCUGGGACGAAGCACCAAUGCCUUACUUCAAAGUCAUGCAUCUACACCAGAACAUGAGAACAGAACCAGGUGAAGAAGAGUUCUCAAAUUGGCUUAUUAAACUUGGCAAUGGUGAAUUAACAUCGAACGAAGAUGAUGAAAUCGAAUUGCCUAGCUCCUAUAAAAUGUACACAAGUGUGGAUGAAGUAGAAUGUGAAGAUGGUGAUGAUAUUACCAACUAUCCUACAGAAUUUUUGAAUAGCCUUACACCAUCAGGAAUGCCUCCUCAUAAACUUAAACUAAACAUCGGUGCAAUUGUUAUGCUUCUUCGCAACCUCGAUGUUCAUCAAGGUCUAUGCAAUGGAAUUUGGCUGAUUGUGCGACGUUUACUAAAUCAUACGAUUGAUUGUGAAAUUGCAACUGGAUCUAUCAAAGCAAGUCGAGUUCUAAUACCAAGAAUUACUUUGACACCGUCUGAUCCAUUUUUGCCCUUUAAAUUACGUAAGCAUCAAUUUCCUAUUCGACUCUCAUUUCCUAUGACAAUUAACAAAUCACAAGGACAGACCUUUGAUCGAUUAGGACUACUGCUACCACAACCAGUUUUCAGUCAUGAACAACUAUAUGUCGUUUUUUUAAGAGUUCGCUCUCUAACCUCUAUCAAGGUACAAAUCAUCAAAGAAGAAAAAAACAGUGAAAGACGUAAAACUAAAAUCAUUGUUUUCAAAAACAUUUUGUAA